UCGCCUCAGUGGCUCGUAAAGGCUGGUAUUUCGAUAAUUGACUCUAAAGACUAACUUGGGAUCACUAGGACUAAAAGGUACCAAACCCCGCUGGUAAAAGUCUACUAUACUGAUAAUGUCGGUAAGUCGUGUUUUUCGCCCUCACCAAAGAAGCCAAAUGUACGCCAGAGCAGUUCUUAUGGUUCAUGGGAUUCGCUUUGCUUCAAUAACCAAGGACAAAGCCAACACAGAUAUCUUUGAACCACUACCAAGAGAGGAAUUAGUUACUAAAUUCAAGUCGAAAUUACGUGACAGAGAGUUCACACCAGGUUCCACACAAGGCGGUUUCCCAGAGUUCCUAGCGGAACCAAGAGAUUCCUUUCCACUUGGUGUACGCGUCCACAAUCGUUACCAGGCCUCCCUCGCUGAACUGACUUCUAAAUGUAUGGAAUUCAUUGAAGAAAAUCAUCCACAAUGUCCAGCUAUUUUGUUUCGUGGCCUUCCAGCCCGAACAGCCGAUGACUUCUCGACUAUUGCUGGUAAAAUUUCAGGGGAGCCUUUUUCGUAUGAAGUCGGUGGCAGUACCUAUCGCCAACAAGUUGACAAAAGUGCGAAGACUUAUACCUCCAGCGAUGAACCACCAGAAAGUACUAUGGACCCGCACAAUGAGAUGUCUUAUCUCAAUACUUGGCCCAAAAAGAUUUUCUUUUACUGCAUAAAGGAGGCGGACGAUAACUGUGGUGGCGAAACACCGUUGGUCAAGAACAGCGAGCUUCUCUCCAAAUUGGAUCCCGAAGUCGUGGCGAAGUGUGAUGAAAAAGGUGUGCGAUACGUACGAUAUCUACCCGACAAAGCCCACGAUGAGUACAUGAAUUGGCAACAUAUGUUUGGCACUGAAGAUAAACAGGAAGCAGAGAGGGUGGCUAAAGACAAAGGGUAUCACGUGAGCUGGAAUGAAACACAGGAUUUAUGUCUUUGGCAAAACAGACCUGCGUCGAUACAGCAUCCGCUGGCCAGAAAUAAAAUUUGGUUCAAUCAGAUUGCCGCCAUGCACAGCUCAUAUUACCAUGCAUUGCCCACCUUUAUUGGCAAAGGUAUCCCAGAUGAGAAAUGCCCCUCCCACACAUAUUAUGGAGACGGAAGUCCGAUUGAACCGGAAGUAGUACAGCACAUACGAGUAACAACCUGGUCAUGCGCAGUUGGUUUUCAGUGGCGAACGGGAGACUUACUGGCAUUGGAUAACUUAACCGUUCAGCAUGGUCGCAUUGGUUACAGUGGCGAGAGAAAAGUACUUACUUACCUCACUGGCUGAAGGGAAAAUUAUCAGACAUUUGCAUAUGCAUGUUGGCUGAGUUCUCAAUUCCUAAUCUUUGGAAUAUAUUCAAAUAUACCUGAAUCUGACUGACUUCUAGACAAUGGCACUAUUGUUUGUUAUCCACUGGGACCUUUUCAUUGGAUGGUUUAGAUCGCGCUCGUCAAGUGUUGAGUUCAGGCGAUAAUUUUUUCGGUGGAGAAACUUUAGACUAAAGGUGUUAUCCUAAGGCAUUAAUUUAACUCUAGAGAUUUUAAGACAAAAAUUGGGUAAGGUGAAGGGGAGAAGUGAUUGAUUGCCAAUAAAUAAAGGGUCUCGCUGACUUCAAA